CUCUUCACCAGCUCCCACACGGUUCCUCCAGAGCGUGCACAGCGGAGAGGUUUCCAACAGAGCCCCGGGGGAGUCCUCCAUCCACUAAGCAAAGAGGCAAGAGAAAGACUGCUGGAAGCCAAGCAAAACAGAGGGGAGCUGGUUGCAGCCAGCCGGGCUUUGUCCCUGAUGCUAAGCUCGCUGCUGCUUUAAAGGGGAGAGAAAGUUGCUCGGUGGAGUUGAUGGAAAGGGGCAGAAAAGUCAAGAGCGUCUGGCAGCUGGUUCCGCCGGUGGCCUUGUGGCACUUCCUUGCUAAAUGAAACCACCUGAGGAAUAUGAGAUUUCUUACUCCCGAGGGAGGGGACUUGCCCAGCCGAGUAAGAAGGGAGACAGCCAGAUUGUAAUCCUUCAGUGUGGCUUGCAUUAAGGUCACCAAGUGUCGGGAGGGGAGGAGAAGUGAUAGAGGACCUGAUGCCUGCUGCCAACAUGACAGAGACCCUUCAGCUCCCAGCUCUGCAAGUUCCAGAACAGCAGGAGGCGGAGAGCGGCCGUGCCUGGUCCAGUUCAUCCACCCCGACCCUGCGCCGAAGGCAGUUCAAGAUGAGGCGGACGAAGCACAUCCAGGAACCGAACCUAGAAAGCGCAUCUUCCUCUAACAAGGAAUUCCUGCAGCUCCCCUCCAUUGAAAUCACCCCUUCGAGCGAUGAGGACACUGCUUGGUCCAACUGUUCCACACCCAGCGCAUCCCCACGGCGCAAGCGCUUGUUGCUGCGCAAAUGGCUAAGUGUGCGGGAAAAGAAGGAGUGCAGUGAGAGCAGCAGCCAACAGAGCAGCCAACAAAGCAGCCACGAUGAUGACACUUCCCGAUUCUUGAACCCCCGAACGCGUGACGACAGCACUGCCAGUAACUCGAACCGCAGCACUCCUGCCUGCUCCCCUAUCCUUCGCAAACGCUCCCGGUCCCCGACGCCACAGGACCUUCAAGGAGACGCCAUGGUGGAAAAAGGCUCAGACCACUCAUCCGACAAAUCCCCUUCCACACCGGAGCAAGGUGUUCAACGUAGCUGUUCCUCUCAGUCUGGCCGUAGCGGGGCCAAGAAUUCCAAGCGGCUUUCUAAAUAUGACAGAUUAAACCUGAUCAAAAAAAGCCAGAGUUGGUACAAUCAUGAAAGACAACAGAUCCGGAGAGUGCUGAGUCCAACCUACAAGCAGCGGAAUGAAGACUUCAGGAAACUCUUCAAACAGCUUCCCGACACAGAGCGCCUCAUUGUUGAUUACUCCUGUGCACUUCAAAGAGACAUUCUCCUGCAGGGCCGCCUCUACCUCUCUGAGAACUGGAUCUGCUUCUACAGCAACAUUUUCCGCUGGGAAACAUUGUUGACAGUUCGUUUGAAGGACAUCUGCUCCAUGACCAAGGAAAAAACUGCACGGCUCAUUCCUAAUGCUAUCCAAGUUUGCACUGACACUGAAAAGCACUUUUUUACUUCCUUCGGUGCCCGAGACAGAACGUACAUGAUGAUGUUCAGGCUCUGGCAGAACGCCCUCCUCGAGAAGCCCUUGUGUCCGAAGGAGCUCUGGCAUUUUGUACAUCAGUGUUAUGGUACUGAACUAGGGUUAACGAGCGAUGAUGAGGACUACGUGCCUCCCGAUGAUGAUUUCAACACAAUGGGCUACUGUGAAGAGAUCCCGGUGGAAGAAAAUGAAGUGAACGAUACCUCCUCAAAAAACAUCAUGGAAGCCAAACCGGAGGCCAGCCCCCAGCUCCCCAAGAAGUCUGUCACCAAUAGCAGCACGUUGACACCCACAGGAAGUACUGAAGCUCCAGUCCCAUAUGAAGGCAUCGUUCCUGAGGAGCUGGAGGUUGUGGACAUCCCUGUAGAGAAAGAGCUGACAAUCGCAAACAUCAUUGCAGACAAGAUAGAGAUCAUAGCCCCUGUGAAUUCCCCUUCCCUGGAUUUCAAUGACAAUGAGGACAUUCCAACUGAACUCAGCGACUCCUCGGAGACUCACGACGAAGGGGAAGUUCAGGCCUUUUACGAAGACCUGAACGGUCGGCAGUACAUGAAUGAGGUGUUCAACUUCAGCGUGGACAAGCUGUAUGACCUGCUCUUCACAGACUCUCAGUUCCUGAGGGACUUCAUGGAGCAGCGGAGAUUCUCCGAUAUCGUCUUUCAUCCAUGGAAGAAGGAAGAAACUGGAAAUCAGAGCAGAGUUAUUCUCUACACCAUCACCCUCACCAACCCUCUGGCCCCAAAAACUGCCACUGUCACUGAGACUCAGACAAUGUACAAAGCCAGCCAAGAGAGCGAGUGCUACGUGAUAGAUGCAGAGGUGCUAACGCACGACGUCCCCUACCACGAUUAUUUCUACACCAUUAAUCGUUACACUUUGACGCGUGUCGCCAGAAACAAAUGCCGACUCAGGGUUUCUACAGAACUACGAUACAGGAAACAGCCUUGGGGGCUAGUGAAAUCCUUUAUCGAGAAGAACUUCUGGAGCGGCCUGGAUGAUUAUUUCCGCCAUUUAGAGAGUGAACUGACCAAAACAGAGAGCACAUACCUAGCUGAGCUUCACCGACAAUCCCCCAAAGAGAAGGCAAGCAAACAAUCCACGGUGCGCCGGAGGAAACGACCCCACACUCACUUAAGGGGGCCGCACCUGGGAGGGAAGUGUGCGUUGGAGCCUCCGCAAACUCACUCCUGCACCGGGAUGGCGAUAGGGGAGGCAGUGAUAGGUCGAAUCAAGCGUGUGGCAGGUUCCACACAAACACGGCACAUCCCCGAGGAAAGUCCCAGCGGCUUCCACUUACAGAGUGUCUCCAAGUUGCUGCUCAUUAUCAGUUGUGUGAUUUGUUUCAGUCUGGUGCUUUUGGUAAUCCUCAACAUGAUGCUGUUCUACAAACUCUGGAUGUUGGAGUACACGACCCAAACUCUCACGGCAUGGCAGGGCCUGCGGUUACAGGAAAGGUUACCCCAGUCGCAGACAGAAUGGGCCCAGUUACUAGAGUCCCAGCAGAGGUAUCAUGACACAGAGCUCCAAAAGUGGCGGGAGAUCAUCAAGUCAUCCGUGAUGCUCUUAGAUCAGAUGAAGGACUCGCUAAUAAACCUCCAGAAUGGCAUCGGGUCUCGUGACUACCAGUCUGAGCCAGACGAGAAGCGGAAACGGUUCCACUAGCAGGCGGGGAACACAAGCGGCCAGAGGACUGUGUGCAAUAUGUAUACAGAGAAUAUAUAUAUACACAGAAUAUAUAUAUAUAUAUUUAUAUUCUGUAUAUACAUAUAUAUAAUAUAUAGAUUUUAAAAAGAGAAAAAACACCAUAUGUCCCGAGGAGAAAGAGCGUUGCUGAUUGACCUCCAGCACUGGAUGAAGUGGAGUGUCCCUGGGGUGGGUGUAGGGUAUGGCAGGGUGGUGCCCUACUGACAGUGGGGCAGCGCACAGCCUGUGCCAUCUUGGGCCCCACACACGUCUCUUGGUAUUUUCCUGUCUGUCUGUCCUUCCGUCUGUUUGUCUGGCUUUUUACACUUUCAUUCCUAAAGGUAGGAACUGGAGGGAGCGAAACCCCGCCUUGAGUUGAAAGUUAACGAACCUGAGCUUUGCAGUUCAGGGCUGCGUGCUGAGGAUAACGGGGUGGUCUCUCGCUGUUGGCUCCAUUUCCUCCAUGAGCUCCGAGUCGGCCGGUUCUGCGGGAGCGGCUUUGUGUUGAAUGUGAACCAGUGUUCAUUUCGUGGCACCCUUUCACAGGGUUGUCCUUUCCUCCCCUGCCUAGCUUAGUGUGCGCUUCUCCCUGCCUCUCUGCGACUUCGGUUGAGGGCCCAACAAAGUGCUGUGGCAUUCCUUGUAUCAUGGAAUGAGUUUGUUUGGCAAGAGAGAGAGAGGGAAGAUGGUUGCUUGGGGGAGAACUCCAUGUUCAGUCCAGUUCUUGGUACUGUCUCUCUUCACGUGAAAGGAGUUAGAGGCAGAUGUAUUCUGUUUGUUCAUAGGCUGUCCUCUUCGGAUGCUGGGGAUUCUCUGAUUGUAGUGUCUUCGCAUCUUCGCCCCCCUGUAUGUUCUAUGAAACUGCUGCUUCACUGAAAGGGCUAUACAUGCAUCUGUCCCCCUGUCCUUACUGGAGGUGGAGGGGAAUUCCAAGUCAAGGGAAUCCUAUUCACAGAUCAUCCCUUACUGAAUAUGUUGCAUUUCCAAAUCUUCCUCUGCCAAAAAACCAAGUGAAUUGUAGCUUGGGACCAAGCCUCAGAUUCUAGUGAGGGGCUUCAAACGCCCACUCCUCCAGCCGUACUUUCUCAUCCCAGGUCAUGAGGAUUUUGCGCAUGGGUUUCUGGUUUUAUCUGCGCCUUGCCCAGUUUGCCUCUAAGCAAAAUGUGUAAUGGAAAAAACAGAAGCACACUAAAUGAGGGAGCUUUGGGUUGCCCAAGCAGAUGGAUAUAUCUGCGUUGGAACCCAGCUGCCUUCCAGAAGCGAGCCAAUCUCUUGGAGAGGUUAGAAGGAAGAAGAUCAUGGGGGAAUGAUAUUCUGAGGGGGGGGGGGUCCCAUUGGGCAGGUAGUUCUUUUUAUGGAGGAAUUUUUGAGCUCUUAGUGGCCUGCUAAAAUCCUUUCUUGCAUUUUUUUUUGAUGACCGACAAGCCAUUACCUGAUCCCUGGUGGAAGGGGCCCCAAGCCGCUGACAGCUUUCCCAGAGCUCAUCUUUGCUUCUCUGUCCUGGCAGGUUACCCCAGUCGCAGACAGAAUGGGCCCAGUUACUAGAGGCAGCUGCAGAAAACACGGAGUUAGCAGUGUUGACUGUCCAGUGGGCGAUGAAAACCAUGAAAAAUGCAUAUUUUUUGCAAAAUUUGUGGACCAGGGUUUUCUCUUGUCCGUUUUUUCCUUGGGCGACACAAUUUGAGCAACCUCAAAUUGACAAAAACAAUCAUCCCCCCCCCCACUUUCUUGUUGUUUUUGAGGGCAGUGAUCCAAGUCAGAGUCGUCAAAGAUUAUGAUCCUGUGUAAAAAGAGUGGGGGAAGGCGACAGAUCCGCCUGAGCAUUAGGAUCUGGGGUAGCCAUUGGCUGUCUCUUCUUUGGCUGUCUGGUGACCCAAGUAAAGUAGUCACAGAGAGCCCGGCAGAAAGGGGAUCUUUCCUGUUUCAGCGACCAGCACUGGUUUCUCUCACCAACCCCCCAUCCUGAAUUGGUGUUGGACACAAACUGCAUCAUGUAAUGCUAUUUUGGAUGUGAUGUAUUUUUCACAAGUGGAGAAGCCAAAUGAUAAGUCCCUUGGGCAGGGCCAUGUUGCACAUGCUCAGCACCACUCUGCAUCUUCCCUUCACAUAAAACAGUUCUGCAGGGCAAGAGAGGUGCCAAGAAUCUAAUCUUGGGGGCUGAGAUUUUCUUCCCAACUGGCUUGGAACAGGACCUACAGCCCCUUUUGGCAGUGUUGCGCAUGCACAAGACGGCCACAUUAGGAAUCCCUUUGGGCUGUUUUUCCCUGAGCCCACAGCCGAUACCCAAGUCAGUGCCAGGGGCCUCUUUCUGGCUGGGGACGCAUGUUGAGCUCCCAUGCUUGUGUUUCGCCUUUGAAGGAAAGAGUCGUUUCUCCCAACUGCGUUAGCAAAUGCCGUUGAUUCACUUUUCUAACAAAGAUGCAAGGAACAGAUAUCUUGGAGCCUGGGAGGGGGGAUUUGUCUCCCUUUCGAAUCAGCCAGCUGCCGAUGAGGCAGCACUUCCCGAAUAGCACUUGAAGGAGUUCAGUGACCCACACUGUGAAUACCUGGGCAGGUGAUGCUGCUCAGGGCGAAGUUUGGUGGGCUAUUGUUGAAGCAGCGUCAAGCCACAAACAAGGUGCUCAGGAGCCCGGGGGCGGGCGGGUGGGAAUUAUUUAUAUAAUUUAUUGUAUUUAUAUAGAAAAGCGUUUAUGCAAUGCUGCUGUUUGACCGGCAGCCCAGGGGAAAACUUGGCUUGCUGUAUUGUCGGGACUCCGAGAAGGCUUUUUCGCUUGCAAGAAAGAAAGGGGGGGGGGGUCUCCCAGUUUCCCCCUGCUGGAUACAGUCUCAGAGUUUUCAUAUGAGGACCCCUCAUUCAAGGUGCACAUUGAGACAGGAGUGGCCAGUUGGAGGCAGAGAUGAGGGGAGACUCCAAGGCAAGGUUAGCAAGACGGCAGGAAAAAACCCAGUCUCGUCUCUGCCUGACCUGGUCAGCAAGACUCUCUUGUGGCAGUUUGCAGGACAAACUGUACCAUGAAAGACAUUCUGUACCCAUCUCCCACCCUCCACCUCCCAGCAUACUCCUCUACCAUUGGAUCGAUUCAGGAAGAAAGCCUGGCUCUUUGCCAGUCUGAAUAUGAACUAGAAGACCAAUUCAUUUUUCAUAGCGGGACCUCAGCUGCGUGGCCAGAAGAAUAUACCUUUCUGUUGUCAAAGGGAAUGGGAAGGAAUUGCUUCUUUGCUCUCCAAAUGGACCUUUAGUUUGGGUGAAAUUAGGAGAGAAAAGCCCCACCUGAGUUUCAGCGGAGCUUAGGUAUGCCUAAUUUCCCCCCUCCUUGGGUUGUGCCAAGAGGCUCCAGUGCAGAAACAGGCAGGCAUGGGUCUAAACAUUUUCGACUGGGCUGAAGUGUGUUUGUAUCUUUCUUGGGUUUGCUCUUCCUAUGGAUGCCGCUGGGUGAGAAUCUGCGGUCGGAAACAUUUUGGCCAUCCCUCCGGGCGUUUUUAGCUUACUUCUGCCCGGCAAAUAAUUCCCUGAAAGUGGGGCUCCUCUUUAAGGCUACAGCUGAAUUUUCAACCAGCAGCUGUGGUUGUGUAGCCCAGAUUCUCCCACGCUGAUGUUAGAAUUUCACCUCUGCCGCGAGACUUUUGGCAUAGCUGCUCAGCAAGUACGCUUGGAGUUGUAAUUGGACCACGGAUCAGAUUAAAUAGUCAUUUCUAAUGGCCUCAGUGGGCUUUAUGUUAAGAAUGUUUCAAUUUUUGAACUUUCCAUUCCAUUUUUGGCAGUACUUCAGUGGAACGCUACAGAAAUGUCAAAAAUUGAAAAAUUCUGUUCCAAUUUUGGCACUGCUGCAGUGGAACACCCAUUUUUUUAAGUAACCCAGGCAAUUCCUUGCCAUUCCACACAAGGGGGUUUGGUCCCCUGUUUCGCUUCUGGAUUCUCCCCAUUUCUCCCCUCAUUCUCAGGCACUUGCCUCAUGCUUUCCCAAAGGGCGGGGGGAAUCUAUUUUUGUGCCAUAACACCAUCCCCUUCACCCCCCUCCGCCAAACUGGAGUGUUAACUUGGGCCCUGCGUUGCUGAGAUGGCACCUCUUCCUUAGGGAGAGAUUAGACGCUUGCACUAAAACAGACCUACCCCCUGGAAACCUGAUGACUUCUUAUUUUUCUAUGCAUUCUGCCAUUCCUCUGCCUCCUCUCUGCCUCGCUGUGGCACAAUCGCGCACCACUCCUCCCCUGGAUCCCGGCCGCAGGGGCUGAUGUGGUGCUACCCUACGUUUCUCUUUUCCACUUUCCUCCCAGGGGUGUGUUUCGAGAUGAAUGUGUUGCAUCGUUGGGGCAAGGAAAAGAGGAAAAUGAGUCUCUCCCUUCCUUCCUGCCGAAGGAAUUCCGUUUGCACAUGGCUCGGGAGCAUCUGCUCCCUGGCCAUUUUUUUUAAUUACCUCACUUGUUUUUUGGACAGUUUUGUUGCGAAAGGGUUGAAGGACUGGCUUCCUGACCUGAGCUUUGCAUUCGAUUUUGAGGUGGUGCUGGGGCGGCGUUAAUGUAGCUCUGGAUUGCGAGCCGCAUGGGUGACUCCCCUGGUUUUUCAACCCUAACCCCCCCUAUGCUGUAUGAGAGUCCUGGAGCAUCUGAUUUCUGCGGUGGCUCCCUAAUUGAGUUGCAUCGGGGACGGGGAGAGAGGUGACCGCAUCAAGAAUUUUUCUGUUUGCGGACAAGGAUAACUCAAAUGUCCCCUCUCUUCCCCCUAGCCCUUCCAUGAACCUCUGGCCUAGACCCUGGUAAUGCUGACUCCCAUAAUGAAGUUUCCCCUGCUACAUUUCAACAGUUCAAAUGAAGAAGAGUUUUCUGGGGGGAGGCAUCAGGGCCCAGAGGAGAGGCUGGGCAGGUACCCUUCUUUGCUUCCCCUCUGGAACGUUUCUUGCUGCUGGAAGGGUUUUUGUGGUAGUAAGACAAAAUGGCGGAGCCGGGCCACAGGCAGAAGGGAUCCCGAUCGUGUGUGUCAGAGCUGUCUGGCUGUCUGCGUGUCUGAUUCUGUAACUAUAAUAAACUUUGCGCUGUGCGCAAGGUCCGAUACAAGUUGAUUUUAAAAAAAUACAAACACAAACUUGACUGCUAGAACCUAGGAGUUACAAAGGCUACAGAGCCAAAAUCUUAAUGUAAAGUAGCUAGGAAAAAAUGGAAUAAAAGUAUGAAUAAAAAUAUAAUGAACCAAA